AGAAAUAGAUAGAUACAGUAGAUCGGAAGCUGCUAUGGCAAUGGCAAUGUCAAUGGCAUCAUCAAGCAGAAAAAGAAUGGCGUCGUCAGAUAUACCCAAUGAUUGCUGGGAGUUGGUGGUAUCUAAACUCCUGAACGAUAACGAGAUCGAUAAAGUGGAGGAGCGUAAUCAUUAUUUAGAGACACUAUCUAUGGUAUCAAAACAACUACUCUCAAUAAGCAGCACUUUUGUGAAUACCUUCAAAUUAAUUUCAAAUCCAUCAUCUCGCCUCUUCCACAGGUUCACAAACCUAACCUCCCUCGAUCUCUCCACUUUCCACGGCGGCGACAUCAACGCACUUCUCUCCCGAAUCCCUCCCGCUUCUGUUUCCCGACUCACAUCCCUUAACCUCUCUAACCACCCGACCUUCCCCAAAUUAGGGUUACAAUCUAUUAUUCUCAAUAAUAACAACAACAACCCUACAUUCAGAUUGACCUCUCUCAUCUGUUCAAAUAUUGCUUCUCUCAAAUUUACUGAUAUAACCUUCAUUGCACAUUCCUUUCCGUUUCUCCAACAUUUGGAUAUCAGUUUCGACGGAGGAGGAGACGACGACUGCAUCAAGGAGGAUUAUAACAAUGCUCUAAAGCUUGUUGCCAGAAAGCUUUCGAAUCUCCUCAAAGUUAAUCUCUCAGGUAAUGUCUACGUUAAUGAUUCGUCGUUACUUGAACUAUGUAUCAACUGUGAGUUUCUACAAGAGGUGCUUAUAUUGCAUUGCCCUUUGAUAACACAUGCUGGUAUUGCUUUUGCAAUACGCCGCAGACCUAGUUUGAAUUCGCUUUCUAUUAGUAACUUUAGGGAGGAUCCAACACAAAUUGAUGACUUUACAUCCUAUUUCAUUGAUUCAUUGGCCACUUUGAAGAACUUAACUUGUCUUGAUUUGUCUUUUUCGGGUAUCUCUGAUGUGUUGCUUUACUCUAUAGCACUUGAUCAUCUUCCUUUGAGGAAACUUGUUCUCCAAGGUUGCUAUAAUUAUACUUACACUGGUAUCUCUUAUCUCUUGUCCAAGCGUCCGUCUCUGCAACAUCUAGAUCUUCGACACGCAGUGUUUUUGGAUGACCAGCGUUUCAACCACCUCUGCCAAUUUUUUGGUGAAUUGGUGUCUAUUAAUGUCGGUUGCUGUGACAAGCUCACCAAUUCAUCCUUCUUUGCACUCCUUACCAACUGUCCUAUGCUCGCCGAGAUCAGAAUGGAGUCCACAAAAAUUGGAAUUGGUCCAACACCGUCCGUGGUGGAUUUGGUUGUAUACCCUCAAGUCAAGUCUCUCCAUUUGGCUUACAAUUCAGCUUUGGCAGACAAACACAUCAACAUCUUUGGUUUCAUGUUUCCUAAAUUGCAACUUCUUGAUUUGAGCUUUUGCCGUCACAUAUCUCAACAACAUAUUGCUAUACUAUUAAAGAGAUGUAAUAAGAUCAGGCAUUUGGAAUUUGCCUGUUUCCCACAAGCUAAGCCAUUUUCCAUCGACUUUGAUGAAGCUUCCAACCUGGAGGUGCUGAACUUGUCGCACUCAACAAUUGACGAUGAAGAACUGUAUGAAAUCUCAAAGUUUUUCCCUCGCCUUCUGCAACUCGACCUGGGACAUUGUUAUGAUGUCACGGACAAGGGAGUGGGGCUAGCCGUAGAAAACUUCACACACCUCAGAGAGAUUAAUUUGCGACAAUGUCGUAAAGUGUCUACUAAUAUCGUUUCCUCAAUGAUAUUUUCCAGGCCGUCAUUGAGAAAAAUAACGGCUCCGCCUCAUUUUCGCCCCCGUGACUGUGAUAGGAAACUCCUCUUUCGCCAAUGUCUAGUUUUCUAGUAUUCUGAUCCUCAUUCAUCUUGGCAGAGCUUUGAAAUCUAUAUGAAGUGAUCCUUUCCUUUGCCUUCAAGCUAGCUAGACUCUUUAUGUUUUGCUAUGACCACAAUGGUGUUUGCUUGAUUUCAGUGUCGUUUUCAACACGUUGUUUGGAUAGCGAUGUCUUGUAGCUACUUAUGGUUUGAAUAUAAAUGUGCUUCAGGGUGUUUUUUUUCUUCUUAUAUUAUUAUUAUUAUUAUGAUUGUUGUUGUUGUCAACCCUUAAUGUAUUAAAAUCUUGCAUAAAUUUGCUGUCUUGCUGUCCAUUAUGCAGAUUUGUUUGGAGUAUCAUGUCCAUGUGGUUGCCUUCUUGCUAUUGGCAUGAGAAUCUCCUAUUUCUAGCUAAAUUAGCCCACCCAAAUUGGCACCAGAGAGAAUCGAACCUCAGACCUCAAGAGGAGCACACUCUCAGGUCUCAAGCCAAUAAAAUGCACCAACCCAAGUUUUGGGGAAAGAUUGAAUCUGAACCAUGAGCAUCCAACUUAUAGGGUGUUAGACAUCUUGGCGGAAGGUGUUCAGGCGGAAGGUCUUCUUCGUCAAAUGCCUUUGACAGAAGAGGAAAGGAACGCUAUUCUUGGAGCUCCGGUGAUCGCACCGGCGGUUGCACCGGCACCGCCGGUGGCACCGCCGGCGAAUCCCUAGAUUUGUACACAGAGGAGAUGAAUUUACAACUCUCUUUGUAAAUUCAUCGUCCUUUUAAUUUAUGGUAAUUGGCUGGUCAACGUGAUUUUCUGAGUAUCUUUUCCUGGAGAGAAGUUGGGCCAAGGAUGAAAACACAUUGAAACUUAUUUGCUGUCAGGUAUAAAGCGGUUGAGUGAUUUCCCUCUUCCUUUUUGGUUGGCUCUCUUCGUAGAAAGAACACAUUUUACAAAUGUCAAACUAUUAGCUGCUUAGGAAUAUGCAACCUCCACUGGAUUGCCUGUUCCUAGAAACUAAGCUGAGAUAACACUACUCGAGGACAUUAUCAUUGUUUACAAAUUUGUGCAAGACGUGCAUAUCUUCGUCAUUGGUGGUGAUGAUGAGAUGAGCUCAUUUUGUCAUCUGUUCUACCAGGCUUCUUUGACGCAGUCACCCUUUUGCUGAGGUAUUUAUGGUUGUACUUUGUUAAUUAUUUCGUAUCAAAAUUUAAUUGAAAGUCAGGUGGGUAUUUACUCAUAUGUGUGUUCCUUUUACUGGAACAAUGUUGACAAAAGUGAGGCACUUGAGAACAUUCUUUAUGCCUUGCCUAGAUUGUUGAUGGAGGGUAUGUAUAUAUUGGGUAUGUAUGUAUGUAUUUAGGAAUUUGCCUGUUUCUCACUGUGAAAAGCUGCAUAACUUUGGGGUUGUAGCAUGAAGGUAACUCUUUAUUUUGGCAUAGGAUAUGCAAUAUGUGUACCAUCCACUCAGUUUUAUGUUAUUUAGAAUUGAUUGAGUGUUUUUUAAUGGAUUGAAAUACUUUUUCUUUUAUUAUCAUGGCUUUUUAUUGAGUGUUGAUUAUGUUGAGCUGCAAACAGUUUUUAUAAAUCCCUUUGUCCCAUGUUAUAUUAUUGCUUGAUAAAUUAAUUAGCAGUGUGCGGGAAGUUUUCUAUGAAUGAGAUAAGAGAAAUUACAUAUGUGCUUCUUGUACCAGGAUUUCUGAUAUAUUUAUCCACUGAUGUAUAGGACAUGGUUACUUGUUCACAUGAUUAUUGUAUUUUUAUCAAACAUUACACCUCUAGUUUAUGCCAUUGAAAGUGGAUGUCAAAUUUAGCUCUAAAUAGUGAAGUUCAUUUGACAAUCUAAAUUUUGUAAAGGUGUAUUGCUUAAGUGAGUUUUACUUUUCAUAUUCACACGUAUGCCUUCAACAACAACAUUCUCAUUUCUUCAUGCAGAUCUAAUUUGUUUAUUUAAAUAUUUGUUAUUAAUAAUUUUAAUGGCAUGCUUCAGUAAUAUGCUUUCUGUUUGGAUAUUAGGAACUCCUGGGAUAUGUUAAUUAUGUUUGUAUUCUUUUAGGAUAUUAGUGAACUCUUAGGGUAAGUUAUGUUAUUUUGCUUUCUGUUAGGAUUUUAGGAACUCUUAGGGUAUGUUAAUUAUGUUAUUUUUGAAUUCUGUUUUAUAAUUUUGUAGUUAUGCGAUUGUGACUUGUUAUAUUUGUUGUUGGUUGAACCAUAACAUAUUUA